UGGAGCCAUGGAACUUGAGCUUGUUUAAUAAGUUCUAGCUUUUUACUGAUCCUGUCAUUGUUGGUGUUUGUUUUUGUUUUUAGAGAGAUUGUGGCUGGCCAAUGGCUUGAGAUAUCAGAGAUUCCCAUUAAAUACAGCUUAUGCUAUCAGGUCCUCCCAUUUGUAUCAUUUAGACUUUGAAAAAAAUCCUUCCUUGGACUUUGGAAUGCAUUCUUCUCUGCAGUUAGAGACUCAUGAAUUGAUGGUGACUUUUGGGGAUAUGGCAGUGGUAAUGACACCAUUUGGGUCAUUUAGAGAGAGGAUAUGGAGUCUAAUUGUCCUGGAAGUAAAUCUUCUACAUAGAAUGCUAAAUCUACUACCCUUGAAGAAGAAACAUCCUGAAUUUGACUAUCUUGUUGAAUAUCUAGUGUUACUCUUUUUUUUCCCCCAGUAGUCCAUUUGUAUACCAGCUUUCACAGGUGGCAACAUGAACUAAAUUUAAGUAUUAGCUUUUAUCUAAUGAACAAACCUCAGAAACAGUGAGUUUAUUUAUCUCUUUUUUUUUAUUUUACCAUCACUUCUCAUGCAUAACUGCAUAAUAUAUCAUAGUCAACUUAUUUGCAAUUUAGCAGGUCUGAAAAAAAUGUAUAAUUAAGACCAUUUCUGAGAAACCAGUUGGAGACUGAGUCCUGUCCCUGUAGGAGGAUUCUUCAGCCACUAUGCCAACUGGCACAGAUGUUUCUCUUUCUUCAUAUGAUGAAGAUCAGGGAUCUAAACUUAUCCGAAAAGCUAGAGAGGCACCGUUUGUUCCCAUUGCAAUGGCCAGGUUUGCAGCAAUUGUUACAUAUGGAUUAUAUAAAUUGAAGAGCAGGGGAAAUACUAAAAUGUCUGUUCACUUGAUCCACAUGCGUGUGGCAGCCCAACACUUUGUUGUGGGAGCAAUGACUCUUGAUAUGGGGUAUUCCAUGUAUAAGGAAUUCUGGGCAAAGCCUAAACCUUAGAGGAAGAGAAGCUGUCUCAGUUUUGUUGGUGGUAUUUGCUUUACUUAGGCAUCUCAUAUUGAGUUUAUAUGUUUAUGUUGAAAAUAAAUUAUUUGAAUGGGUCAGAUAAUAUGGUAGUUUAAGAAUUGGCUUCCUUUCUUACAGGCUUGAUUUGACUGGUUACCAAAUUACUAGUGACCAAUGAACUAGCUAGGUCAUUCAGGGGAGUCACAUUAGCACAAAAGAAGAAACAUGUCACUUUUAAAUGGACUGGACAGUGGAAAAUAUGCUCCUCCUUAAACUCUUAUGAUAAAAUCAGUUAUAAAGAGGACAUUGUGCCAGUCCUGAAGUACUCCUAGUUGCUGAUUUAAUUCUAGUAUCAAAACAUGCUUUUGAAAAAAAAAAAUGCUUUUGAUGUUAUGUAGGAAUCCCAUUUAACUUUUUUCUGCCUAUUUUGCAGAUUGAUUGGGUACUUCAGUUUUUAGGAUUGGUUCGCUCUUAAUCCUUUCAGAACAGUGCAUGGAAUAUAGUAAGCUUCCCCACAACCUAAAAUACAUUUAUUUAAGCCACACCUAAAAAGCCAUAAAGAGCUGUUUAUAGAAGUAAUAU